ACCGGUGAAUUCAUCUCCUGAUCGAAGAGUGACUGCGAGGAAGGCAGAAUAAAGCAUCAGUAUCGUAUUUUACUAACAGUCCUGGUGUCAAAAGUGGGAUGUCUCCGGACAGGUAAGAUCUUUUUAUAAUUUAUCUGCCUGUCUGUGAGAUAUCUAUUAAACAUUGUUAUAGAACGAUUCCAGUUAAACUCCUUGUAUCUCUGUAACAGUCAGGAUCAGUCCGUGACACAACUGCUGUAUGUGUCACUAGUCGUAGAACGAUAAAUUCACAAAAAGGAUACAUUUUUGUUGUUUGAACAAAAUGGGACAAACGAUAGGUAGACCAAUACAAGGCAAAAUGCCCGUAUAUUGGAUGUUUAGAAAUAACAAAAGUUUCGGAACCAAACCGUUUGUCAGUUACCUGGCCGGAUGGUCAGAGGGAAAAACACAAUUAGAUCCGUUUCCACGAGAGGGGUCGUUCAAAAAGAUAGAUUUAGACAAUGCCAAUUCAAUGGUGAACAAAGGAUGGGGUGACCCAGAAUGGGAUUAUAAAUAUAUGAAAAAUCAUUUGAGGUGACCGAGAAAGAAUUAAUUGAUAAAGUCCCUGAAUUGGCUAGCACGCACAAUUUACCGGAAAUAAAAAUGGAAGAAGAAGCCAUGAAAUGGAUUUGGCUUUUAAUUUUAUAGAUUUAAUAGAUUUUAAAUGGGCUAACCCACAGAUGUUCAGACAUAUGACAGAAUUUCUAAUCAAAUUAUCAGACCGUAAACAAGAUCUUUUGUCAGAUUUGUUCAGAAUGCAUGCUUUUGUAAUCAUACCAGACUCUCCAUUUUGUUUACUGGGCCGAGAUCUAUUGCAUAAAAUUGGUGCACAAAUAGUUUUUGACAAUGCUUCUCUGCAACUCAUGUUUCCUGCUGUGUAUUCAGUCACUGUGCCUACAGGAGGUGUGGGGGAGAAAGUUAGCUGAACGCAACUGCUGGAGGCUGAUGAAGCAAUAAUUAACGGCACACUAUGGGCUCAGCACAAAGAAGAAGCUGGCCUUAUAGAUGUAAAACCAUAUACAGCUAAAUUAGCUGUAGCCACUCCAGUAUACUGUAAGCAAUAUCCACUAUCAACUGAAAAGGAAGAAGGUAUUAGGCCAAUCAUUGAGCAAUUGACUGAAGAAGGUAUUCUAAUACCAACACACUCUCCAUACAAUACUCCAAUAAAUCCUGUGAGAAAGGCUAACGGAACUUGGAGAUUGACACAAGAAUGAUUUAAUUGAACCACUUUCUCCGAUAGUCCCAGAUGUACAAACAAUUAUUAAUUAAAUACCAUCAACACAUGGUCAUUUUACUGUAAUUGAUUUAUGUUCUGCCUUUUUCAGUGUACCUGUUUCGCCUGUGUCCCUGUCAUUGUUGGCAUUCACCUACUGGGGCCAACAAUAUACAUGGAGAAGGGUACAGAGAUUCUCCGGCUGUUUUCUCAGCUGUUGUGCACUGUACAUUACAGGAUGUGAAACUGCCACCUGACACAUGCCUGCUGCAGUAUGCCGACGACAUCCUAGAUACGGCUGAAACAUCAGAGGAUUGCAGAAAAGCAUCAAUUAUUAAUUGAAGCUACAGUGGGUCAAACAAAAGGUUGAAUACCUUGGAAAUGUGCUAACAAAGGGGACUGUACACAUGUCUGCAGAUCGAAUCAAGACAAUUCAACACUGAACAGUGAUGAUGCAAUCCAAUGGACUACGGAAAUGGACCUGGCAUUUAAACAUCUGAAGUAAUGCCUUGGGAAAUCACCAGCGCUGGGUCUUCCAGACUACAGCAAGCCUUUCCAUCUGUACGUGCACGAGGCUGGGGGGACUGCUGCUGCAAUCCUUGCCCAGGAACAUGAGGGUUCUUACCGCCCGGUGGCGUAUUUAUCUAAAACACUGGAUUAGGUUGCAAAGGGCUUCCCUGGUUGUCUGCGAGCAGUGGUUGCAACAGCGAUGAUGGUACAGGAUGCAGAACGAGUUGUGCUUUCACAUCCUCUGACUUUGCACACAACUCACCAGGAGUUUGUUUUCCUGGAAACCCAAAGAGUCAAAGUCCACAGUUUCCCAGAGUGCUCCGGGAUGGAAGCUGUUUGGGAAACUUCCACUGCGGGACAACCCUCCCAAAGACUCCAGAACCAUCCAGCAAGAGUACGAGUCUAGGGCGGGACCCACCUCAGGACCGCCCCCUCAACCUCAGCCAAUGAGACGGAAGAAUCUGGAGUUUGAGCCUUUGUCCACCACUGCUCUCAUUCUGGAAGACAGACCUGCGAACCUGCCGGCUAAAUCAGAAGAGGAAUCUCAGAGACACAGGCAGGAGUACAGUGAGAUGGUUGCAGGGGCCAAGAGAAGGGAGUUGAAAGAGGCACAGAAGAAAAAACGGCAAAUGAAGGAGAGAUACCGACAGGAAGAGAACAUUGCCAACGCCAUGGUGAUCUGGAACACGGAGGUCCUUCCUAACUGGGAAAGCAUGCGUAACACUCGGCGUGUACGUGAACUCUGGUGGCAGGGCGUUCCACCCAGCGUCCGUGGGAAAGUCUGGAGCCUCGCCAUUGGCAACGAGCUCAACAUCACCCCAGAACUGUAUGAGAUCUUCCUGUCCAGGGCUAAAGAGAAAUGGCGGAGCUUCAGUGAAACAAGUUCAGUCAACGAAAAUGAAGACUGUGGUGUGUCACUGGCAGACAGAGAGUCGAGUCUGGAUUUAAUCAAGCUGGAUAUCUCCAGAACUUUCCCCUCUCUCUACAUAUUCCAGAAGGGUGGACCAUACCAUGAUAUAUUGCACAGUGUGUUGGGGGCAUACACCUGUUAUAGACCUGAUGUAGGCUAUGUGCAAGGGAUGUCCUUCAUUGCUGCUGUUCUCAUUCUGAAUUUGGAGGAAGCCGAUGCCUUCAUUGCCUUUGCCAACCUCCUUAACAAACCAUGCCAGAUGGCCUUCUUCAGAGUGGACCAUGACCUGAUGCUGAAGUAUUUUGCAGCGUUUGAGGUGUUUUUUGAAGAGAAUCUUCCCAAACUGUUCCAGCACUUUCAGAACAACUGCUUGACACCUGACUUUUACCUCAUAGACUGGAUCUUCACUCUGUACAGUAAAUCAUUACCGUUGGAUGUGGCGUGUCGCGUUUGGGAUGUGUUUUGCCGAGACGGAGAGGAGGCGUUAUUCCGGACGGGACUCGGAAUCCUGCGGCUGCACCAGGAAGUUUUACUACAAAUGGAUUUCAUUCAUAGUGCACAGUUCCUUUCCCGACUGCCUGAAAACACACCUGCACACACACUCUUCUCCUGCAUAGCAAACACACAGAUGGUCAGUAACAACCGUCGGUGGAACCAGGUCUUCUCUGCUCUGAUGAAAGAUGGACUCAAAGAAACGGAUAAAAGUAGCAGCAGCCCUGCCGUAAGAAGCUAACAGCUUACAGCUAACUCUCCCAGAAAAGGUGAUGACAUUUCUGAGACUUAUAGAAGAUUAAGUAAUUACACAGCACUUUGACCACUGCAGUGUGUCUUGAGGAGGACCAGAACAUCUGAGGGACAUAGCUCAGGCUCUGAGCCAAUGUGCUGACUGUACUGUUUGAAGAAUCUCAUAAUGGACCUGUCCCCUGUGAAGGGGCCACUCCUUUACUUGCGCUUGUGAGUGUGUUUGUGGUAGAAUGAGUCUGAGAGUAAGAGAAUAAGUGAAAUGUGAGUCAGGUUACUGUAUAACGUGCCAACUUUGUCAAUGUUACUUUUGUAAUGUUGUGACUAUAAGAAAACAAACGAAUCAAAAUAAACACACAUGCACAGUGGCCAGAGCCACAUGAAAUGAAUACUCCAUUCCAGCUGAUUUGAACCAGCGGUAGGCCUUCUGCCACACACACACAUAGACAGACAGAGAGAGAGAGAGAGAGUCUGAACCUGUGGUACCCUCCAAAACUGUCUAUGUAUGUUAUAAAUCAUUUUUUAUUUUCUUUUUUUUUUCAGCGCCAUCAACAACUCUGGUGGUAUUUCUUUUUUUAAUCAGUAUUUUGUCUUGUUUUCCAGUAAAACAAAAAUAUCUAAAUCUUCUUAAAUAAGGUACAUUUAUCUAUUAUUUAAAAUGUAAUAAUUCAGAAUGGUUUUUUUUAUUUUCUUUUUUUAAGCAUAAAUCUAACAAAAUUUUGUAGUUUAUGCAUAAAAUAAGAAAAAAAAAAGAAAGAAAAAGAUAUAUUCUCUUAAAAACAAGUCUUCUAUAGUAUUGCUUAAGUAAAUUUCUCAUUUUGAGGUGAAAAUAAGACAAAUACUUUGAGAAAAUAAUUUUUUUGCAGUAUAGCACUCAUGACUUUAAAAGACUUUAUGCUU